UCAUCAUUAACAAACACUACUUCUAUAAGCAACUUUUCUUGCACCAAAACAACCUAAUAAACAUAACUCUCUCUCUCUCUCUCUAUAUAUAUAUAUAUAUAUAUAUAUAUAUGAGUGUGUGUAGUGUGUGUUUUUUCUUGUUACGUACAUAUACACUACUACCUAGUCCUUUAAAACCCAACUCCUCAGUUACUUGGAGCAACUUGAUCACUACCAAACACUACUCCAGUAAGUAAAAAUUCUUGCACAAGAGAUCAAACCUAAUUUCUUGCAGCACUGAUCAUUGUCUUAAGAGUCAUGAAUUAUCACGAGCCCAACACUUCCCUUAACCUGAGUUUAUCACUUAGGACGAUCAACCUAGACCUCGUACUACUGCAGGACCGUAGUUCAUCUCCCAACUCCUCCUCAUCGCCGCCGUUGAGCCCUGUCGAGGCCCGGGUCUUUUCUUGCAACUACUGCAGAAGGAAGUUCUACAGCUCACAGGCUCUUGGAGGGCACCAAAAUGCUCACAAGCUGGAGAGAACCCUAGCCAAGAAAAGCAGAGAAUUCAGCUCAGUUGUUAGGCCCCACUCGGCUCUCAUGAGCCGGCCGCAAGGCUUUAGUCCGGGCCGGGUCCACGGGCUGGUCUUCGGGCUUGAGCAUCAGGGCUCUCCAGGUAGGUUUGGGAAAAGAGAGAUCAAUUUUGGAAGUAAUUGGAGUGGCAGUAGUCAUGAAUAUGAUCAUGGAGAUAAGAGUAAUGUUCAUGAUCAUCAAGAUGAUCAAGAGCUUAGCCAGCUUGAUUUGUCUUUGAGGCUUUGAACAUAUUUUCUGCUGAUCAUAUCUGGUGGAUAAUUCUGCAAUUUUUCUUAAUUUAAGCUUUCUUAUUGAAAUUUAAUGUUCUUGAAAUUUAUGAAUAUUAAUUGGUAUUUUUGCUUUCCAAGCAA